AUGUCUUCCAUAACUGUCACCCCGCUCGCCUUUCCGGAGGCUUCUGCUGUCAACUUUGGGGCCACAGUUGCAAAUGUUAAUAUUGAACAUAUUACGGAUACCGAUUUCGACGUGAUUCGCGAGGCUCUCUUCGCCCACCAGAUUCUCGUCUUCAAGAAUCAAGGCCACGUCUCGCCCAAGGCCCAGUACGAGUUGACCCGGCGCUUCGAUCCCGCUGCAGUCUCGUACGGCCAUGGCCAAAGCCUUGACAGCGCGCGGAGUAUUCUUCAUCCCGACCUCAAGACCAUACCGCACCAGCCACAGGUCCAGGUCAUCGGCAACGGCCGGGUUGCCGAGUACGAGGGCCUGCGCGACAUCCAACUGCGACACCCGCACCAUCGGACGUUCCACGCCACCCACGUCUCGCCAGAGGACGACCACGACUUCACGCGCUUCUACCGCUGGCACAUUGACGCGGCGCUGUAUGGCCUUGCGCCCCCGAUCGUCACCACCCUCCUCGCUGUGAGGGUGCCAGGGGGGCGACGCCAGGUCUGCCGCUACGACGACGGUUCCAACGACCAGCUCCAAGUGCCGCUCGGAACUACCGCCUUUGUCAGCGGCGAGAGCAUGUAUGACAACCUGUCCGAGGCGGAUAAAGACUUCGUGCGCACCACCAGGGUGGAAUACGCCCCGCAUCCAUACAUCUGGAUGUCGCCGGCCAAGUCGCGGCCCGACGGCCUCGGUCUCGAGUCCCAGGGGCUGGAGCUGCCCUUCAACGACCUGCCGCCCGUGGAGCAGGACAAGAUCCAAAUCCUCCCCAUGUGCUGGCGCAACCCCGUCACCGGGAACUUGGCGCUCCAGGUCCAUCCUUCUGCGGUGUAUAAGCUCCACCUAGCCGAUGGCACCGUGAUGGACGACCUCGCCAAGGUUCGCGAGACUGUCCAUCGCCUCCAGCGACCUGGGAUCGCACCAAGGAUGGUUUAUGCCCACGACUGGGAGGAAGGCGAUCUUGUCCUCUUUCAUAACAGGGGGCUUUUGCACUCGGUAGUGGGGGCCUUUGCAGAGGAUGAAGUGAGGCUGUUUCGACAGUGCAACGUUGCCGCCACUCACUUCCCCGAAGGACCUAUCGACCACUGACGGACAACGUCCCUUUGGCCAACUGUCAGAUAUGUGUGAGGACCCAAGUUCCUUGCUAAGUUUUAAAUAAAGAAAGAAUUUUCUCCAGGAAUCAAAAUAUAAUUUUAUAAAAAAGAAAAAGAGAAAAAGAAAAUCUUUGAUACCAGUUCCCACUCGCCGCAACCCGUGCGAAUUGCUCUGAAAUGUAUGUCAUGUGGGCGCCGCUUAAUGCUAGAAGCCAUAUGCAAACGAUAGGCAGCGAUCAACCUUUG